AUGUCUCUUUCUGAAUUUGUGGGCAAAUCGUUGUUCGGUAGCACAACUCCAUAAACGUUUUUCGAGCUGUGAAGCAACGCUCUGUUCAGGUUCCGGUCGCGCUUCCUGUUAAUGGCCUAGCUCCGUUCUUGCCUCAAUAUCUCUUGGCAAGCACUUUUUCGAACCAGCAACCUCUCUUUCUUACCCCAUCCACCACCACGACGUUGGCGCCAUAUAUCAAACAUGGAGUAUUUCAGCUUGAAGCGCUCCACCGCUGCCGACCGAGCAGGGGCCAAUCUUUCGAGCAAGGUUUACGUGCGCUCAACCAAAAGUGGCAAAGUGCAAAAGAUUGUCCGAGAGCUCUACCUGCGGAACGACAUCCCAUGUUCGUCAAAUUUGUGCAGGGCGUGCUUGGAUAUCGCACCUGCCGACUUCAACCAAAAAACCGCACCUUUUGUCCUCUCAGAUACACCUGCCGGAUCCAAGGACUACCCAAAUGGAAUAUACUUGGUGCCCGACACAAAUGCAUUUCUUACGGGAAUGGACCUUUUCGAAGUGGAAAACGCUUUCCACGAUGUGAUUGUUCUGCAGACUGUUCUGGAAGAAGUCAAGAACCGCUCAUUACCGCUAUAUCAUCGGUUGAUUGCCCUGACGAAACAUGAAAACAAACGCUUCUAUGUCUUCUUCAACGAGUUCCGCCAAGAGACCCAUGUGCCACGAGAUUCCGGAGAGACCAUCAACGACAGGAACGACCGAGCGGUGCGAAGAGCGGUACAGUGGUACAAUGAGCACAUCACCCAGGCUGUUACCGCGAGAAGCAAACAGCAGACACGAGUUCCUACCGUUGUCAUGCUCACCGACGACAGGGAUUGUCUACGCAAAGCAAAGGCCGAUAAGAUCCCAUCAAGUACUCUCGCCGAUUUCGUGUUCGGCCUUGAGAAUGCGGACGAACUACUGGACAUGAUGAGCGCAGCUCAGGACCAAAGAGAAGUAAGGUCGAAGAAGACCGAGCUUUUCUACUCGGAGCACUACACCAUCUCCAAGAUGAUGACGGGCGUCAAAGCAGGCGUCUUACACCAGGGCAUCUUCAACGUCUCACCAUACAACUACUUGGAGGCUUCAGUACACGUUCCCGCUUUCGAAAAAUCUCUACUCGUUCUUGGACGCGAGAAUGGAAAUCGCGCCGUGUCCGGAGACGUCGUCGUUGUUGAGAUCCUCCCUCAGGAUCAGUGGAAGGCACCGUCUACCAAAAUCAUCGAAGAGGAGACUGUCAAUAAGAAUGACAAUCCUGAAGUCGAAGACGGCGAGAACAUCGUUUCUGAGAAGGAACGGAAAGCUCUGCAGGAGGAGGUGAAACGUGCACACGGCCAGAGCACAGAGGGCAGGCCACAACCUACCGCACGCGUAGUCGGCAUCGUCAAGCGAAAUUGGAGGCAAUAUGUUGGACACAUUGAUCGCGAUUCUGUCCGAACCACGUCCAAGUCUGCCAGACAGCAGCAAAUGGUGUUCUUGGUACCUAUGGACAAGCGCGUACCGAAGAUUAGGAUACGCACGCGACAAGCUGGAGAGCUCCUCGGUCAACGUGUACUGGCGACCAUCGAUUCGUGGGAUAGGGACUCACGGUAUCCCAUGGGCCACUUUGUUCGAUCACUUGGAGAACUCGAAUCCAAGGGCGCAGAAACGGAGGCUCUGUUGUUGGAAUGGGAUGUGCAGUAUAAGCCAUUCCCUAAGACAGUGCUAGACUGCCUGCCUGCCGAGGGACACGAUUGGAAGGUGCCAGCGAGUACGGAUGACCCAGGCUGGAAGGGACGCAAGGAUCUGCGAGAUCUCUUGGUCUGCAGUAUCGAUCCCCCAGGCUGUGUCGACAUUGACGAUGCACUCCACGCGCGCAAGCUCCCUAACGGUAACUUUGAAGUCGGUGUUCACAUUGCCGACGUAUCACAUUUCGUCAAGCCCAACAAUGCCAUGGACAAGGAAGCCAGCCAGCGUGGUACUACCGUCUAUCUGGUCGACAAGCGAAUAGACAUGUUGCCGAUGCUUCUCGGUACCGAUCUCUGUUCGUUGAAACCCUACGUAGAACGCUACGCCUUCUCCGUUCUUUGGGAGAUUACACCAGACGCCGACAUCGUUGACUCACAAUUCACCAAAUCAGUCAUCCGCUCCCGUGAAGCUUUCUCCUACGAGCAAGCACAGAUCCGCAUCGACGAUACCGGCGCGCAAGACGACCUCACCACCGGCAUGCGCACCUUGCUAAUGCUCUCCAAAAAGCUCAAGCAAAAGCGCUACGACGCCGGUGCGCUGAACCUUGCCUCACCCGAAGUAAAGGUGCAGACCGAAUCCGAGACCUCCGACCCCGUCGACGUGCAGACCAAACGCCUCCUCGACACCAACUCCCUGGUCGAGGAGUUCAUGUUGCUCGCCAACAUCAGCGUCGCCGCAAAAAACUACUCCGCCUUCCCCCAAACCGCGCUCCUCCGCCGCCACGGCGCGCCCCCAAAGACAAACUUCGAAGAACUCGCCAAUCAGCUCAAGGUAAAGAAGGGCCUCGAGCUCCGCACCGACACCUCCAAAGCCCUCGCCGACUCCCUCGACACCUGCGUCGAAGAAAGCGAGCCCUUCUUCAACACCCUCGUCCGCAUCAUGGCCACCCGCUGCAUGAUGUCCGCCGAGUACUUCUGCGCAGGCACCCAGGCGUACCCAGAAUUCCGCCACUACGGCCUUGCGUCGGAAAUCUACACGCACUUCACGUCCCCCAUCCGACGCUAUGCCGACCUCGAGGCACAUCGCCAAUUGGCAGCGGCUAUCGACUACGAGCCGCUCGACGCUAGUCUGCACUCCAAGGCCAAGCUCGAAGGCGUCUGCAAGAACAUCAACGUGCGGCAUCGCAAUGCGCAGAUGGCAGGGCGCGCGAGCAUAGAGUACUACGUGGGCCAGGCGCUCAAGGGGAAGGACAUAACCGAGGAGGGUUUUGUGAUGAAGGUCUUCUCGAACGGUUUUGUGGUCUUUGUGCCAAGGUUCGGCAUCGAGAGUUUGAUCAGGCUGCGGGAUUUGGCGACCCCAGAGCCGGAGGCGGAGUUUGACGGCGAGAAUUACGUGUUAAGUGUCAAGGGCGGUGUCAACAGGGAAGUAGAGCUGUUUCAGAAGGUUAACGUGCGGAUUACAGAUGAGGUUGAGGAGAGCACAGGAAAGCGGAAGGUCAAGUUGACGCUGGUGUAAAAGGCAUGUUGAUGUUUGGGAUCCUAGCAAAGACAUCCCAGAUGGAGGAUGGGAGUCAUGAUCGUGGCCGUGGGGUGGAUCUGUAGGCAGGGAAGCCAGCAAAGCCUGGUAAUGCAAGAAACGAGUCUCGUAUCAAAGUCGCGACAACGACGUCCCACGUUCGC